AGUGUUUUAAUGCAGUCUGCGUGUUAAGUGAUUGCGAGAACGUAGAUAGCUUUCAAACAACUCGGCAGCUGAACAUUCAUUCCUAACUGCCACCCGGCCAGCAAGCGGCUCAUGGGAGGCAGCGUCAACUCUCUGGCUCCAGUUCCACGGCUUCUUCUACUUUUACCGAACAAGCUAAAGUGUACGCAGCCUGCCCCAACUGAGCAGUCCCCGUUGCGGCAGCGUUUCCCCCCUGUGCUUGCUGACACACUGGGAGCUGAGUAAUCCCCCCACUUGUCUCCACGUCCACCAGAGGCGGCUGCCACAAGGCUACAAAUAAAACAACUCCAGCUGGAAGGAAUGACAGAACGCGCCUUCCUGACUUGGAGACAAGCCUGAUGCUUUGGCUAGAGUCGUGGCCGGCGUACUGCACGUUGCCAGCUGCCAGCUAGCCCUGGGUUCCUGUCCUGUCCCUGCCAUGCCCUUCGGGGCGAUGUGUAUAAUCGCACCGAGCGUCCCUGUGCGCAUGAGUCGGACGGUGUUGUUGGAUGGAGCUGGCGUUGAAAAGGUGACAAACGCUGCCUACGGGGACGGGUUAACGCUCUCGCUGGCUGUGCAUGGGGGAGUAGGAGGGUGUGAGGAUUGAGCAGGAGAAACUGGUCGCCCGUGCAGACACUGUCAGAGGCUUGCAUCGGUCAACGGUGAGCGACAUCUGGAGCGUUUCAACUGCCCUCCUCCCUGCAUCGUGGACGGCUCUGAUUUACAGUAGCUUCCUUGGGCAAAUGUUGGGGGAAAAACAUGGGCUUCGAAGGAGGUGAUGAGCGGCGCUGCUGAUAUUUCAACCGCAUCUUUCCGGAGGUUAAAAAAAGGGGCUAUGACCUGUUGCUACAGAGCGACCCUUUGAGAGAUGGACUUGGCAGAAGUUCUUGUGGCGCUGUUCAUCGCUGUGGUGCUGAUUGUCUCCUUGUUGUCCAACCUGUUGGUCUUGAUAUGCUUCAUCUACAGCUCCGACAUCCGCAAGCAAGUGCCGGGCAUAUUUAUAGUUAACUUGUCUUUUUGCAACCUGCUUCUCACCGUCCUUAAUAUGCCAGCUACACUGCUGGGGAUUGUCAAAAGACAGCAGCCAUUUGGCGACUGCAUCUGUCAAACAGUUGGCUUUGUGGAGACAUUCCUCAGCACCAACACUAUGCUGAGCAUGGCCGCUUUAAGCAUCGAUAAGUGGAUUGCUGUUGUGUUCCCCUUAAGCUACGCCACUAAGAUGAGGUAUAAGGACGCCGUGCUCAUGAUGAGCUACACUUGGGCCCACUCUCUCACUUUCCCGGUCGUGGCGGUUUUCUUUCGCUGGGUCGGCUUCAACAGCAGAUACGCCUCGUGUACCCUGCAUCUGCGAGAGGAGAUGCACAGGAGACAGUUUACAGUCUUCACCAUUGUCUUUCACGCCAUCAGCUUUAUGCUUUCCCUCGUUAUACUGUGCUUUACAUAUCUGAAAGUCUUGAAGGUUGCCCGCUUUCACUGCAGAAGAAUAGACAUUAUCACCAUGCAGACCUUGGUUUUACUGGUGGACAUCCACCCCAGCGUCAAACAGCGAUGCCUCGCGGAGCAGAAAAGUCGAAGACAGCGGGCAACCAAGAAGAUCAGCAUUUUUAUAGGGUCGUUUAUUGUCUGUUUUGCUCCAUAUAUCAUAACCAGGAUCAUAACAACCUUCCUCUUCACCAACAAAGAAACGAUCACAGUCCAUGAAAUAUGGCCAUACCAUCUGAACCAGUUCAAACGAAUGUUGACAAUCUUUUUUAAGUGCCUCACAAGCAUAUCGACAAGGCUUCACAAUCUUAUUGUUCUCACAACGUGGAGCAAGGAUGGAACAGCCCAGCAACCUGAGAUCUGUGUUACAUUCUCCGUUCAGCAAGUUGUCCAAGACACUGAUAAGAACAUACUCCGCACUCAUCUCAGUUUCUGCCCUUGAUAUUUGACCAAUCAAGUUCGGGAACAUUACCUUUUAGUAAGACAGGUCCGAACAGUAAUUUAGAUAG